AAAAGACUCAAGAAAAAAAAGAAACACAACUUCUCUUGGGAAUUUCGUCGAACGGUUUCAUUUCAUCCGCCGGCGGCACCCGAUGGACGACGGCGAACCUUCCACCGGAAGCAGCUGCAGCAGCGGCGGAGGGAACUGGACGAACGAGAAGCACAUGAAUUUCUUGAACUCGAUGGAGGCCACCUUCGUUCGUACAAUGCUAAUUGAAAACAACAACUCGUCGUCACUCCACCGCCGCCACCACCUCCGCCUCGAUCGGUACUUGCCGGACAGCUUGGAGUCAACUCUCGACUCCGCCGAAUCGCGGAGGCAGAAGAGUUCCCCGAUCGGCGCCGCCGCCUCAUCAGAUUCUUCUGUUGGAUCAAGAAGCAUAAUGGGGAGUGGGGUUGAACGCAAGAGAUCAAGAAGAUUGGCGAUGUCGUCAUCUCAAACGCGUACCCAAAACAUCCAAACUUCCAAUUCACCAUCGAACGAUCAGGUGGUGCCGCAGCUUGAUAAGAGAAGUGGUGAUAAAGAUGAAAGAGAUCCUCGCCGAGCCUGCUAGUUACUGAAUGGUUUCGUCGCCAGCCUGAGGAAGUGCAAGAAAUAUGAGCCAAGCUAGCUAUCUACUAGAUCUUUUUAUAUAAUAGAAUUAGAAUUAAAUAAUAUUAUUAUGUGAGAUCCUUGAUAUUUGACAGCAGAGAUGAAGUCAAUUUCAAGUAUUUAAUGACGAUUUAUAAUUAUAAUAUU